CCAAGGCUCAGGGUAUCGAUUUUCACUCCCUGCUGGAGAGAGAGAAUACAUUCGGCGUGUGUGUGUUUCAGUAUCGCUCGUGCCUCCACAGGGCCUGCUUCGCCAGUGCCAUAUCGUCCACUUUCAUUUCGCCUCAUCUCUGCUAUGAGAGGCCUGCGAUGACGAGGAAGCGGAAGGGAGUGUGAGAGCGUAUUCGACUGGAGAGGACUGCUAGGGUGGACGUAUUCGACUCGAGAGAACUGCUGAGUGGAGAUGUCGUCCGUGAAAGUGGCCGUCCGGGUUCGACCGUUCAACAACAGGGAAACAAGCCGGGAUUGCAAGUGCAUCAUCUCUAUGCAUGGCAAAACUACUGUGAUCCAUGAUCCCAAAGCUCCUCCAGGGUCCAAAGAAGGAAUUAAGAGCUUCAAUUAUGAUUACUCCUAUUUUUCCCAUGAUACUAAUGAUCCGAAUUUCGCCUCGCAAAAUGAUGUCUAUGAGGAUAUUGGUGAGGAGAUGCUGAAGCAUGCAUUUGAAGGGUACAAUGUGUGCAUUUUUGCUUAUGGACAAACGGGAGCCGGGAAGUCUUACACGAUGAUGGGGAAGCAAGAGGAGGGACAGGAAGGAAUCAUCCCACAACUCUGCAAGGAUCUCUUUCGCAAGGUCCAUCAAGACACUUCUGGCACCCAGUACUCUCUAGAAGUCAGCUAUAUGGAGAUCUACUGUGAGCGGGUAAGGGACUUGCUGAACCCAAAGAACAAGGGAAACCUGCGAGUCCGAGAGCAUCCUUUACUUGGCCCAUAUGUGGAAGACCUUUCCAAGUUGGCUGUCAUGUCCUAUAAUGACAUCUUUGAGCUCAUGGAUGAAGGCAACAAAGCAAGAACGGUGGCAGCAACAAACAUGAACGAGACAUCUAGCCGUUCCCAUGCCGUCUUCACCAUCCUCUUCACACAGAAAAUCAUUGACAAGCCAACAAACUUGGCAUGUGAGAAAGUGAGCAAGAUCUCCUUGGUUGACCUGGCUGGGUCAGAAAGGGCAGAUUCUACAGGGGCCAAGGGAACAAGACUUAAAGAAGGAGCCAACAUCAACAAGUCUCUAUCCACUUUGGGGAAGGUCAUCUCUGCCCUGGCUGAUAUUGCAUCUAAUAAGAGGAAGAAGCUGGACUUCAUCCCGUAUAGAGAUUCGGUUCUCACUUGGCUCCUGAAAGAAAACUUGGACCGUGCGAAGCAGAUAGUAUGCAAGGCAAUCAUCAACGAGGAUGCAAAUGCUAAACUCAUUCGGGAGCUGAAGGAAGAGAUCCAGAGGCUGAGGGAACUUCUGCGAGCAGAGGGCAUUGAGGUUGAAGAGGGGCCUGAUGGGAUAGUUGUGAUCCGCACGAAACGGACUGACGGUGAUGAAGGAGGAUCAGUGGUAAAGAAACCAGAUGGCCGACAGCGUUCACGUAAUGUAUCCUCGGUUGUUGAGGAUGCUGUAGAUCAACUCCAGGAAAAUGAGAAGCUGAUUGCUGAGUUGAGGGAGACAUGGGAGGAGAAACUGAAGCGAACUGAGGCAAUACGUCUCCAGCGGGAAGCUGUUUUUGCUGAGAUGGGGGUUGCCAUCAAGGGUGAUGGCUCCACUGUUGGCAUCUUUUCACCAAAGAAGACACCUCACUUGGUGAACCUCAACGAGGACCCAUCUAUGUCUGAGUGCCUGCUAUAUUACAUCAAGGAUGGUAUUACCCGUGUGGGGUCAGCAGGGGCUAAGGACCCACAGGACAUUCAACUGUGUGGCUCUCACAUCCUUCCCCAGCACUGUGUGUUUCAAAACAAGGAAGGGAGUGUCUUCCUCCUUCCUGCCCCCACAGCCCAGUGUUUUGUAAAUGGGAGAGCCAUCACUGAAGCUGCUCCCCUCAAACAUGGAUCAAGGGUUAUUCUGGGCAAGAAUCAUGUCUUCAGAUUCAAUCAUCCUGAACAAGGGAUUGACCUACGAGUGGAGAUGCAGCGGGAGAUGGAACGUCAACUGAAGGCCCUUGAGGCUCAGUUCAUGAAGGAGAAACAGGAGGCUGAUCGUACAUAUGAGGAAAGGAUUGAUGCCCUACAGAAGCAAGUUGAGGAGCAGAGCAUGACUUUAUCCAUGUACAGCUCAUGCACAACUGAUGACUUCCAUGAUGAGGACAUCUUUGUAAACCCACUGUUUGAGGGAGAGUGCAAUUGGACAGAGAAGGAGGUGGAACUGGCUGCAUACACAUUUGAAAAGUGGCGUCACCAUCAGUUUACCUCUCUCAGGGACCACCUGUGGGGAAAUGCCAUUUUCCUUAAGGAGGCAAAUGCUAUUUCAGUUGAACUCAAGAAAAAGGUUGCAUUCCAGUUCACACUCCUGACAGACACAAUGUACUCCCCACUACCACCAGAUCUCAAGCCACUGCCUUUCAAUACUGACAGCUCAUGGCCACCAAGGACUGUUGUGGCUGUUGAAGUGACUGACACCAAAAAUGGAGCUACACAUUAUUGGAGUUUGGAGAAGUUGCGACAGCGACUGGAGUUGAUGCGUGAGAUGUACCACAAUGAGGCUGAGCUGUCUCCCACAUCCCCAGAGUCAAACGUAGAAUCAUUCACAGGCGGGGACCCAUUCUAUGAUCGCUUCCCAUGGUUUCGGCUGGUAGGCAGAGCCUUUGUCUACCUCUCCAAUCUCCUCUAUCCGGUGACCCUUGUACACAAGGUUCCCAUUGUCAAUGAGAAAGGAGAAGUGCAUGGGUACAUUCGUGUGGCCAUUCAGGCUGUCACUGAUGAUGACCCAGGUCCUGAUUAUGCAUCGGGAGUGAAACAGUCGGCACGAAUAAACUUCACAGAACCAAACCAUUUGCCAUCCUUUUAUCUGGGGCUGCCUCCUUCGCGUCAUCAGUACAUAAGGCACAUCGAGUCCGACUCAAGAAUCUCAGAGCUCCCUGACGAGCGAAUAGUUGAGGGUCAGGGUCUCAACCAAGAGAAUGAGCUCGAAGAAGCAAUGGUUGAAAGCAAGAAGAGUGAGGAGAGGGAGAAAGAGAAGGAAGGAGCAGGGGAGGGGGCAAAGGAAGACUUGCCAGAACACCUGCAAAUGGGGAAGGAUUUCAAUUUCAGGGUCACUGUGCUUCAAGCUGUUGCCAUUCCUAGUGAAUACUCAGACAUCUUCUGUCAAUUCAAUUUCCUGCAUCGUCACGAUGAAGCUUUCUCCACUGAACCUAUCAAGAACUGUGGGAAAGGGACCCCUCUUGGAUUCUAUCAUGUUCAGAAUAUCACAGUGACAGUAAAUAGGUGUUUUGUGGACUACAUCCGAGAGGACCCGAUCGUCUUUGAAGUGUUUGGUCACUACCAUCAGCAUCCCCUCCACAAGGAUUCCAGGCAAGAGGCGCACUUUCGCCUUCCCAAGGAUUUCCUCGUGCCGUCCAACCGUUCGGACUCGAAUUCUUCCAGCUCGGGGCUUCGAGGACCGCCUCACCGCCUGCUGCCUCCGUCUCUCCCCAUCUCGCAGCCGGUGAAGUCCCCACGAUACGCCGGGCCUGCCCCCUACUCCUCCCCGUGCUGCUCGGCUCACGUCCACGCCAAGCACGAUCUCCUCGUCUGGUUCGAAAUCUGCGAGCUGGACCGCUUGGGGAAAAUCACUGUAUCUCUUGAGAUGUCUACACGAGAACACACCCAAAGUGGAGCAUACGUGCCAGCCGUGGUGGAGCACCGAGACGACUUGCCCUGCCGAGGCCUCUUCCUCCUCCAUCAGGGGAUCCAGAGGCGCAUCCGCAUCACCCUCGUCCACGAGUCCUCGGCCGACCUGGUCUGGAGGGACGUCCGAGAAGUCGUCGUGGGUCGGAUUCGCACGACCCCGGAGUGUGAUAUAGAAGACGAAGAAGACGCGGCAGUGUUAUCCCUGGGUCUGUUUUCCGGGGAAUACUUGGAAGUGCCUGGGGAGGACCGGACGGUGUUCCGAUUCGAGGCGGCUUGGGAUUCCUCCCUCCACAAUUCCAUCCUUCUCAACCGAGUCACUCCUUCCUCCGAACAUAUCUACAUCACCGUCUCUGCCUACCUUGAGCUGGAGAACUGCGGUCAGCUGGCCAUCAUCACGAAGGACCUGUCGAUGGUGAUCUACGGGCGAGACGUCAGGACUCCCCGCUCUCUCCGUCGGCUCCUGUCCGGGAGCUACAAGAACGUCGAGACCAAUCGUUUGUCCGGAGUCUAUGAAUGCGUCCUCAAACGCUCCACUGAUGCAGGUAGUCCAGGUUUGUACUUUUUUAGCAUGCUUCUGUCGACUGACCGCAAUGAUGCCCUUGCACAUCUUAGUGAUGGGCUGCAACGCCGACAGAGGAAGGUCCUGGACACGAGCGCCACCUACGUCCGCGGCGAGGAGAACCUGAUCGGCUGGAGGCCCCGCGGGGACUCGCUCAUCUUCGAGCACCAGUGGGAGCUGGAGCGGCUGUCGCGGCUGGAGGCGGUCGGGAAGACGUGGCACCAGUUGGUGCUGAGGGAGAAGUUGGGGGUCGAUCCGAAUCCCCUCUGCAUUAGAAAUCCCGAGAGACAUGAGGCAGCAAACUUCGCAAAGAUGAGGGCGGCGUCGCUUCUCAGUCCCGAUGAGGCUCCUUCACCAGCCAUCGAUCCGUCGAUCUAUCAGCCGUGGGAGAUGAGUGAUAAGGAAAGGGAAAUAGCAAGCAAAUAUCUCCGACUGUUUCGUGGAGCUCCUUUGAAGGAUGGAGGCGCGAGCAGAACCAGUCCAAACGACGAUGCCUCGGCGAAUGGCACGUUGCCAUCUCCUGUGCCUUCGCUAAUUCGCCAUGCAUCUCCAGAGCGUCCAGACUCCUUGCCCUUGACGGCACUGUCCCCAUCCAGUACUGGGUUGUCACCCCGAGGUGAGAAGAACCCAGUGAUCACUCGUACGUAUGUUGAAUCAAAGCCAUUGGUUAAUUUAUACGUACCCGAAGUGGAAGAGAUCCGACUGAGUCCAGUCAUAUGCCGUCGAGGAUAUCUCCAUCUCUUAGAAGAAAAACGUGGAGGCUGGAUGCGUCGCUGGGUGGUGGUGAGGCGGCCAUAUGUUUUCAUUUAUCGUGAUGAGAAGGAUCGAGUGGAGAGGGGAGUGAUAAACCUAGCAUCUGCUCAAGUUGAAUGCUCUCAAGAUCCCCAGUCCAUCAUGCGACUGCCAAAUAGUUUCAGUAUUGCAACAAGGGACCGAGCCUACCUCGUUGCGUGUCAAAAUGAGAGGGAGUUCCAUGACUGGCUAUAUGCAAUCAAACCCCUGCUUGCCGGGGAGAUCAGGUCAAAGAGAUCAAGAUCUCAUGGCAGAAAAGGAUUGGAAAGGGAAAGCAGCACAAGUAGCAACAGCAGUCCAAAGGAGAUAGCACGAGUUAGCCCACAGGGUAGUUCUUGAUCCCAGCAAAAGGAUAAUCCUAAAUGUAGUGUGUUCAGUUGAUCUGAUAGCUGAUCAUCAUUCAAACCAGUUUCCCCCCAUCCUUUGUCACACCAUCAUUUGAUCUCUGUUUGUCCUGUGAUGAAAGCAAAUAACAUUUUAUCUCCUGCCUAGUUGAUCCAACAAAAAAAGCUACUCCUCAGUCGAAGUGUUGAUGGGUUCGAGAAUGGAAUUGUGAUACAAUUGUUGUCAGUGAGAUCCCAUUCGCAGUCAACCAGUUCCCAUACUGGAAUAAGACAUCAAAUAAUAUAUGUCUUCUGUUUCUUA